GAGGCAUGGCGGCGGGUCCGGGCUCGCGCAGCCUCGUCCUCACGGGAGCCAAUCGCGGGAUCGGCCUGGAGCUGGUCCGCCAGCUUUUGACCGCCGCGGAGCCUUCGCCUGCAGCCGGGAGCCAGGCUUUUCUGCCUCUGCUGAAGAAGGCAGCCAAGGAAAGCAGUCAGGAUGGGCUCAGUUGCAGGAAAGCAGCCAUCAUCAACAUUUCGUCCGUCUUAGGCUCCAUGGAGUCAGUCCCACUCAACUACACCAAGCCCGCCGUGCCCUACCGCUGCAGCAAGGCCGCUCUAAACAUGCUGACAAAGUGCCUCUCUCUGAGCUAUGCAGGAGACGGGGUUUUGUGCACCGCGGUCCAUCCUGGCUGGGUGAAGACAGACAUGGGAACCCAAGAGGCCGACUUGAGUGUAGACGAGAGCGUACGGGGGAUUAUCAGUGUGCUUUCCAAGCUUGGUGACAAGCACAACGGCGUCCUUGUGAACUGGAAGGGAAACAAUGUUCCUUGGUGAAGGUGCGACACAAGCCACGCAGUCAAAGUGGCAGUCGAUGACAUCAGUCUCUUUCUUUGGCAGAUGCCAUGUGAUGCUCAGGGCCCAAAAAGCACUGUAACUCCAAUUAUUUGUGUGUGUUUCGCACACAACUAAUAAACUUUUACUUCCAGGAA